AGGUGAACCGUGGCGUAAACCAAACAACGGAAAUCGCACGCCCGGACCCAAUUUCCGGGUCUACAAAAUUCGGUUAUCAUAUCCAAACUCUUCCGGGAACCAAACCCUAAUCCUCUUUCGGAUCCUCCGAUCGGACCGUCUCCGUAACGUCCACUAACGCACAAAAUUCUCACUUUCAGGGAAUGAGAAAAGUUUCUUGGGGAGGCAGUACUGGUACAAGUCCUGAUUAAUUCAUGAUGGAUAGAUCUCUGCCAAUAUCAAGUCCAUGUCAUGGAAAUAUCAGAUGAGACUCCUUCCAAGAAACCUAAGAGGUUGACAUCUGUCGUAUGGAAUCACUUUGAAAGAAUUAGAAAGGCUGACAUGUGCUAUGCUAUUUGUGUCCAUUGCAAAAAGAAAUUAAGCGGAUCUAGUAACAGUGGUACAACACAUCUAAGGAAUCAUUUAAUACGAUGUCUGAAGAGGUCCAAUUAUGAUGUUUCUCAAUUACUUCCUGUGAAGAAGAGAAAAGAAAGUACUGGUGGUCUUACAACAGUCAGCUUUGAAGAGGAGAAAAUAAAAGAAGAAAUCAUUACUGCUAUACCAUAUAACUUUGUUCAGGAACAAAAGAAAGAAGAAAUCAAUCAAACCGUGAACGUAGGAAUUGCUACAUUUGAUCAAGUUCGGAGUCAGUUGGAUCUUGCCCAUAUGAUUAUGUUACAUGGUUAUCCCUUGGAUAUGGUCGAUGAUGUUGGAUUCAAAAUAUUUGUGAAGAAUCUGCAGCCCUCGUUUGACAUCAUGAAUAAUAGUGCUAUUGAGCUUGACUGCAUGACCAUAUACAGGAAGGAGAAACAGAAGGUAUUUGAGGUCAUACAUCGUUUGGAUGGUAGAAUUAACCUUGCUGUUGGUAUAUGGGGUUCACCUGAAAAUUCCGAGUAUAUGUGCCUCACAGCUAAUUAUAUUGAUUUUGAUUGGAGGCUACAGAAGAAGAUGCUUAACUUCAUAAAACUGGAUAUAUCUCAUACUGGUGACAUACUUUCAGAAGUUAUUGUUAAAUGUCUGAAGGACUGGGCCAUUGAUCGAAAGUUAUUUUCUAUGACAUUUGAUGAUUGUUCUGCCUAUGACAUUAUGGUCUUCAGGAUCAAGGACUGGCUAUCUCAAAACAAACCACUUUUGAGAAAUGGUGAGUUGUUUGAUGUACGCUGUGUGACACAACUUUUGAAAUCCAUUGUUCAAGAUGUCAUGGAAACAGUUCGAAAUGUGACUCAUAAAAUUCGAGAAAGCAUAAGGCACAUUAGAAGUUCACAAGCAAUCCAAGGAAAACUAAAUGAGAUUGCCCAACAAGUUGGAAUCACUACUGAGAGACGUUUAGUUCUUGACUGUCCAAUGCAAUGGAAUUCUACAUAUAUGAUGCUUGAAGCAGCAUUAGAAUACAGGCGUGCCUUUUCUCUCCUGCCAGAGCAUGAUCCUGCCUACACAAUGGCUUUAUCUGAUUUGGAAUGGGAAUGGGCAAGUUCUGUUACAGGUUAUAUGAAACUUCUCGUCGAGUAUACCAAUGUUUUUUCAGGAGCCAGAUUUCCAACCUCCAAUAUAUAUUUUCCAGAGAUAUGUGAUAUGCACAUUCAUCUAAUUGAAUGGUGUAAGAACCCAGAUGAUUUUCUUUGUUCAAUGGCUUUAAAGAUGAAGAACAAAUUUGACACAUAUUGGAGCAAAUGCAGUUUGGUUUUGGCUGUAGCAGCUAUCUUAGAUCCUCGUUUCAAAAUGAAAUUAGUUGAAUAUUAUUAUCCCCAGAUUUAUGGUGGUGAUGCUCCUCAUCACAUGAAAGAAGUUUCUGAUGGUAUUAGGGAACUAUUCACUGAGUACUCUAUUGGCACAAGUACACUGGACAAAGAAUCAGCUCGGGCUGGGGGAAGCUUAGACGGUACUAGCAAUAGUAGUAGAGAUAAACUUAAGGGCUUUGACAAGUUCUUAUAUGAAACCUCACAAAAUCAGAGCAUGACAUCGGAUCUGGACAAGUAUUUGGAGGAACCCGUCUUUCCACGUAAUAAUGAUUUCAACAUAUUAAAUUGGUGGAAAGUUCACACCCCCAGGUAUCCCAUCCUAUCUAUGAUGGCACGCGACGUUUUGGGUAUUCCCAUGUCUACUCUUGGACUGGAGGUAGCAUUUAGCACCAGAGGUAGAGUGCUUGACCAUCAUCGGAGUUCACUGAGUCCAGAUUUGAGAGAAGCUCUGUUAUGUGGCCAAGAUUGGUUGCAUAUGGAGCCAGAAGCAACCGGCUUAUCCUGGAGUCAUUCUGCUCUGCCACUUUAUCUGGAAACAAGUUGACCUAUCCACGGUAUGGUUUAGUGAAUUUAUUUUCUUUCCUCUCUCUGCACCAUGUAGUUGUAGUUGAAUUCCUGAAUGUAUACUUUAAAAUUUAAAUAUAUUACUUUUUGGUGUCCUGGACGAGCCAGCUACUGGAAGUGGAAAUGGAAGCAGAUCAGUUUUGGUUUAA